GGCCGAGCCGGGCCAAUGGGGAGCGGCAAGGGUUCGAUUCGCCCGUUCUCACGCCCCACCCUCGAACCUUGCUGGAAGAAAGUUUCACCCGGCCACCGAGAGAGACGAGCGAACAUGGCCUCGCCGAGGUGGCUCUGGUGUGUGUGUGCGACCGCGGCGGUGGCACUGCUGCUCGUUUCCAGAGUUCCCUCGGCCUCUGCCCAAAGAAAGAAGGAGAUGGUGUUGUCUGAGAAGGUUAGUCAGCUGAUGGAAUGGACCAACAAAAGACCUGUCAUAAGAAUGAAUGGAGACAAGUUCCGUCGCCUUGUUAAAGCUCCACCAAGAAAUUACUCUGUUAUUGUCAUGUUCACUGCUCUCCAACUUCAUAGACAGUGUGUCGUGUGCAAGCAAGCUGAUGAAGAAUUCCAGAUUCUGGCAAACUCUUGGCGAUACUCCAGUGCAUUUACCAACAGGAUAUUUUUUGCCAUGGUGGAUUUUGAUGAAGGUUCCGAUGUAUUUCAAAUGCUAAACAUGAAUUCCGCUCCAACUUUCAUCAACUUUCCUCCAAAAGGAAAACCCAAAAGGGCCGAUACAUAUGAGUUGCAGGUGCGAGGGUUUUCAGCUGAGCAGAUUGCUCGGUGGAUCGCUGACAGAACGGAUGUCAAUAUUAGAGUAAUUAGACCUCCAAAUUAUGCUGGACCCCUAAUGCUGGGAUUGCUUCUGGCUGUUAUUGGUGGACUUGUGUAUCUGCGAAGAAGCAAUAUGGAAUUCCUCUUUAAUAAAACUGGAUGGGCUUUUGCAGCUUUGUGUUUUGUACUUGCUAUGACAUCUGGUCAAAUGUGGAACCAUAUAAGAGGACCACCAUAUGCUCAUAAGAACCCCCAUACAGGACAUGUGAACUAUAUCCAUGGAAGCAGCCAGGCCCAGUUUGUAGCUGAAACUCACAUUGUUCUUCUGUUCAAUGGUGGAGUUACCUUAGGCAUGGUGCUUUUAUGUGAAGCUGCUACCUCUGACAUGGACAUUGGGAAGCGAAGGAUGAUGUGUGUGGCUGGAAUUGGACUUGUUGUGUUAUUCUUCAGUUGGAUGCUCUCUAUCUUUCGAUCAAAAUACCAUGGCUAUCCAUACAGCUUUCUGAUGAGUUAAAGAGGAUUACAGAGACACAAACUGUGUGGUAAUAAUGGAAACUGAAAAAUAAGAAAUAUGUGGUGUUUGAAGAAUGCAACUCAUGUAUUUUGUAUUACCUCUUUUUUGUCAAGUGAUUUAAAUAGUUUAAUCAUUUAACCAAAGAUGUGUAGUGCCUUAACAAGCAAUUAUAAGAUCAUGAAGUAUUUGAAAUUAUUCUCCUCUUAACUUUCCCUUCCCUAUGAACUUAUGAAACAUUUGAUUUUUGUAGAAUUAAGUACUUUAUAAUAAUUUAAAACUACUACUUCAUUUUACUUAGAGCAAAACUUGAAACUACUUUAGUUAACUUUUGGUCAUCUGAUUGAUCUUCUACGAGGUUGGGGAUGGAAGGUUCUAAGCAGGAAUUUCCACCUCUGCCUAUUACAAACAGCUGCAUCUGGAAGCCAUCAUUAGUUUUCCUCUGGGCAGGUGUAUGAGAUUUACAUCUUUCCUUUUGGGCCAAGGUAUCAUAUGCACUAUGUGAACUUCUGAAAAUGGACCAUGUAGCCUUUGGAAAGUUAAAUCUGUCUUCUUCCUGUAUCUUUCCUACUGAAAUCAGAGCUACAUAUGCCUUUUUUAUACAUUAAGAAGUACCUCUAACUACAAGCCUAUGAUUUCUGCAUGAAUAUGCUAUAACUACCUUGUACAUGGAAAGAUUUCUGACUCAUGUUUCUAGUUUUAUUUAAAGGCCCUUCUCUAAUAAUAAUAAUUUGUUGCUAAAAAUCAGUAUAACUUAUAAGUGGUCUCAAAUGUUUGUGUAAGUUAGUUAGACAUUGUCGUUAAUCUCAUUUUUACCUAACAGAAAAAUAAGCUGAGUUGUGUUCAUGGAAAGGACUCUCUUAGAAAGAGAAAAGAAAAUCAUGAAAUGUUGAUUUGCUGCCUAUGGAUAGAAAUGAAACGUUUUGCCAGGCUUAUGGCAGACAUAGGCUGGUCUUUGUUUGUGGCCAGCCUGGACUACAUAGUGAGACUCUGUCUCAAAAAAAAAGAAAGGAAAGAAAAGAAAAGAAAAGAAAAAGAAAGAAAAGGAAGAGAAAUGAAAUGUUUUCAAGCUGAGGUUGUAGCUCGGUAGUAGAGUGCUCGCCUAGCAUGAGUAACACUCUGGGUUCAAUCCUCAGUGCCACAAGUAAAAGGACCUAUUUCUUAAAACCUGGUCUGUGAAUUCUGUUCAUUUGUUUGUUUUUAAAGGCUGUUCCUUGAAACCUGGCUGUUUUUUAAAUAAGUAUUCCUUGAAGCCUGCUCUGGCUUUUGUUUUUUUUAUGUGUUUGUUUUCUAAAAGAGAUGUUUCUUGAAACCUGGUCCUUUUUCUUUGUUUUUGCCUUUUUGAGAUAUAGCACUGGCUGGUCUUGAACUCCCUUAUGGAGACCCAACUCACCUCCAGCUCACAUUGAUCCUCAUGUCUCAGCUUUCCAAGUGCUGGAUUACAGGCAUGCACCACCAUUGACCCUGAUCUGCUUUCUGCUAUCGUUUUAGAGAUACAAAGAAUCGGGGUGUGCACAUGUCUCAGCUCUUAGUUGCCCUGGUGGCUGAAGUGGGAUCCCUGCAGUCCAAGAAUUUGAGGCACAGUCUAGCAUCAUAUCAACACCCCAUUUAAAAAAUAUGCCUAUAAUAAAAUUGUGAAGGGAUUGUGUUUGAAUUUUGUCUUUUUCUCUGAUAGCAGAAAUAACCAUAUAAGCUAACUAAAUUUCCAUGAGGAAUAUUUAAGUCAUGGUUAUAAUAUGUCUAACUCUGGCCUCCACCAGAGUUGUGAAGAGUAAUUGGAAAUGCCACUGUUAAGAACAUGUGGGGUUGGGAUAUAGCUCAGUGGUAGAGCACUUGGCUAGCAUGUGUGAGACCCUGGGUUCAAUCCCCAGCACCACAAAAAAAUGAGAAUUAUAACUGAAAAAAUGUAAAGAAUAUUAGAAAUGCUGCAUUUAAAAGAUACAGCGAUGGGUAUGUGCUUACAUUGAUGCAGUAUUUGCCUACCAUACAGGAAGCCCUGGGUUCGAUCCACUACAUCACAUAACCCAAAUGUGCUGGUGCAUGCAUGUAAUCCCAGUGCACUCAGGAGACAGACAGGGAGAUCAGAAGUUCAAGGUCAUCCUUGGGUACAUAGUGAGUUUAAGGCCAGCCUGAGCUACAUGAGACCUUAUCCCAAAGACAAAAAGAAAAGAUACUGUGACUUUUCCUGCUGUCAUGUAAUAGCCCUCCCUUAUCUUAUAUAAUAGAGGUUUGUGGAAAGAAGACAUGAUUGGCCAGAAGAAAUGUUUUACAUGGGGUUUUUGUUGUCAUUGUUACAAAUUUGAUGAAUAAGAGGAUACAGUUGACUGUUCCUUAUAAAUUGAGUGAUUCAGCUAUUCUUGUACUUGUCUCUGCCAAAUGCAUUUAGGCUGUGGUUUUCAGGAAACUUGGGCGACACCACCCUGACUUGUAAGGUUGAACUGGGCAGUACUCCCACUGUGUAUCUGUAGUUCCAGGUCAUCUUCCAUGGUUAGUGUUCUGUCUGUUUUCUCUCUGUUUAAGAGCAACAUUCUUCAGCACGAAGAAAGGCGUGCUCUGGCUAAAAUCUGUGGAAAGCAGAUUUUCUCGCUUAAAAUAGUGUUACUUUGGGGGAAAAUUUAAAUUUAGCUUUUAUCUGAAGUGCCUUAAGUAGAUUCUUACUUUUCUAGUACUGGUUUAAAUAUAAUUCAUUACGUAUUUUUAAUAUACUGUUCAAAAAUGAUACGUUAUUAUGGCAAAGAUAAGCAAAUGUCUGGCUUACUGCUUCCUAUCAAUAAACUUUUGCAAUCUAAAUUA